AUGGGGGUUGAGGAGCAAACUCAAGGUUUAGCCCAGGACAGAAUCAUCGGAGGAUCAGAGGUUGUCCCCCACUCUCUUCCAUAUCAAGCCUCCUUGCAGAUAAGAUCCGUGCAUUACUGCAGUGGAAGUUUAAUUAACCCAUCCUGGAUCCUGUCUGCAGCUCACUGUGUGAAACCUCCAUAUCUCAUCACGGUUGUUCUGGGUGAACACCGUCUAUCCAAGUCUGAUGGUAACGAGCAGUACUACAAGGUGGCCAAACUCAUCAUGUUUCCGUAUUACCAGCCGGCAACAUUCAAACAUGACAUCAUGCUUCUGAAAAUUAACAAACCAGCAAAGCAGAAUGCAUAUAUCAGCCCCAUACCAAUUCCAACUUCUGCAAGAACAGUGCCGAAAGAUACUUUAUGUACAGUCUCAGGAUGGGGAGUCACCACUGUUUACAGUUACAGCCUAUCAGACGUGCUCAUGGCUGUUCAGGUUCCGAUCAUUUCUCAUUAUAAGUGCAAUGGACCUUCCUCCUACAAUGGAAGAGUGAAUCAUUACAUGAUCUGUGCAGGGCACCACAAAGGAGGCAAGGAUUCUUGUCAGGGUGAUUCUGGAGGGCCGUUGAUCUGUGAUGGAGUAAUUCAAGGAAUUGUCUCUUGGGGGAUCAGCUGUGCACACUACAAAUACCCAGGCGUUUACACAAAUGUAGCCAAGUAUAUAAAGUGGAUUAAAAACAAAAUAAGAAGAUUUUGA